CGGGAGCAAGAUGGCGAUUCCGGGCAGGCAGUCAAGUUCUGAUUACCGCCCUCCCUUCUCGGUUUAGGAACGUUGUGCUGAGAAGUCACAGAAAAGGGUAUGGGCUUACUUUGCCAAAGAAAGCACAGCAGUUGCACCCUGUUUUGCAAAAACCUUCAGUGUUUGGGAAUGAUUCUGAUGAUGAUGAUGAGACCUCCGUGAGUGAAAGCCUUCAGAGAGAAGCUGCUAAGAAGCAAGCAAUGAAACAGACCAAACUGGAAAUCCAGAAGGCCCUUGCAGAAGAUUCUACUGUAUAUGAAUAUGACAGUAUUUAUGAUGAAAUGCAGAAAAAAAAGGAAGAAAGUAAUCCAAAAUUGCUUUUGGGAAAAGACCGAAAGCCCAAGUACAUUCACAACUUACUAAAAGCAGUUGAGAUUAGAAAAAAGGAACAGGAAAAAAGAAUGGAAAAGAAAAUACAAAGAGAACGAGAAAUGGAAAAGGGAGAAUUUGAUGAUAAAGAGGCAUUUGUAACAUCUGCUUAUAAGAAAAAACUGCAAGAGAGAGCUGAAGAGGAAGAAAGAGAAAAGAGGGCUGCUGCCCUUGAAGCACGUUUGGAUGUAACCAAGCAGAGCGAUCUCAGUGGAUUUUAUAGGCACCUAUUAAAUCAAGCAGUUGGUGAGGAGGAAGUACCUACAUGCAGCUUUCGUGAAGCCAGGUCUGGGAUAAAAGAAGAGAAAUCAAAGGGAUAUUCUGAUGAAGUAAGUUCAGAAAACAGAACACCUCAUGAGAACUGCAUUCGCCAAACUGUUGUGAAAGUAGAGGAAAACCCAGAUGCAGACAGUGACUUUGAUGCUAAGAUCAGUGAGGAUGAUGAAAUGGAAGAAGAUAAUAAAGUGAACUGCAGAAGGGAAAAGGGCACAGAGACCUUAAAAAAUGACUCCAGGCAUCACAGGAGUCAUACCCACUCACGGUCAUCUAGUGAAGAAAGAGAGCAUGGUACCAAAUACCACACAAAAAGUUCCAAGUCAAGAGGACACGAGAAAAGAGAAGAGCAGCACCAAGAGAGACAAUCCAGGGAGGACAACUAUUACGCUGACCGUGAUUACCAAAAAGAAAAGAAGGAUUCCCAUAGGCACAGAGAGGCCAGUUACAGAGAUUCACACUGGAAGAGGCAUGAACAAGAAGACAGACUGAGGGGAAGAGACCAGAGAGAAAGAAAUGAUAGGGAAUGGAAAAGGGAGAAAGACAGGGAGAAAUACCCGUCAAGAGAACAAGAAAGAGACAGACAACGAAAUGAUUAUGACCGACACAUUGAGAAAGGAGGAGAGAAGGAAGAGAAAAGCAAAGAAAAGGAAGAGCAUAUGAAAGCAAGGAAAGAAAGAUAUGAAAACAGUGAUAAAUACAGAGAUAGAGAAAAACGAGAAGUAAGUGUUCAGUCUUCAGAAAGAAAUCAAGAAAGGGCAAAGGAUAGCUUUCUUAACCAGGAAAGAGCCAAUAAAAUGAGAAACAUGGAAAAGGACAAAGGAAGAAACCCAGAGAAACCCUCUAGUUCUGACACAUCACUGGGAGCAAAACACAGAAUCACAGAGGAAUGCCAAGGGACUGGCAAAGAACAAGAGAGGCCACAGGAGACAGUGAACAAGUUUGCAAAGAGGAACAACGAAGAAACUGUAAUGUCAGCGAGAGACAGAUACUUGGCCCGGCAAAUGGCACGGGUUAAUGCAAAGACAUAUAUUGAGAAAGAAGAUGAUUGAUAACUGCCCCAAUAGGAAGACCUGUGGAAGCACAGAAAAUUGUAAUUCCUGGAAAGUGUUGAGUGAACACAUAAAGGAGUGUGUUAACAGUGGUUGGGAGGGUAUUUCAAAAUAUAUUUUCAAAAUUCAUUUUUGGUUUAGAUUUAAGUCAGAAGUCAAUCCUUUUAUCUUGAAUGUUUAACUAAAUUAAUAUAUAAUAUUCACUUAUCAAUACCACAUUCUUGGUUGUAUUCAAGCAACCUAAAGAGAGUGCUGAAUCCCUGUAGGUACUUAAUGAGGAAAAUUGGCUCCACUACAACCAUUAAAAAAUAAUUUAAAUAACUCUUCUAUGUUGCUUUUGUUGCAGGAGCUGUUUGUUUUAUAAAUGUCAUGUUUCAGAUAAAAAUAUGUGGAUUUGAACAGAGAAUAUUGUUUUACUUUAUGUUCUAAAAUUUGUAUUAAAGUGUAAAAUACAGAUCACACAUCUUGUCUAAGCUUUUUAGCCCACACAUACUCAAU